UUCCCCCAUCGCGAAGCCCAACUUGAAGAGCACGUACUGAACCGUCUCAUGGUUGGCAAUGGCAACACCAGAGUUACAAGCACGAUUCAUAUGUGGCGUGGGGGAAAUAUUGGCGGGACCGGGCAUGUGCAUGAACACCGAAUCACGGACUGGCGCCUGUCGUUGCCUUGAGGAAUUUUCUCGUCUGAUUUCUGUUAAAAACACUCAUACCUAAAUUCUGGCCACGAUGUCUGGCGAUAACCACCCCCGCAUGAGGUUGAACAACGAAUUCCAGAGGAUCUAUGGUUCCUCUGCACCUAAUCAUGUCAGGUGGGAGGUCUAUUCGGAAGGCCCUCCCAACGCUUCCACAUGGCAUGCGACCAUCUUCGUUGAUGAUCAGAAUUACAGCUACGCUUCGGCCCCUACCAGAGGUGCUGCUCGGGACGCGGCUGCGCAACAGGCUUGUGAACGUUUGAGACGAGAUGGAUCUACCGGAAGCAACUGAUGAACAACAUCAAUCAAGCUCAAAGCAUGGCGACUUGAGUACAUAUAUGCCUUCAUUUUCAAC